GUUUUUAUUUGUGGGUAAAGGUUGCCAUUCACCAAACUAACAAAGAUGGCUUGCUCUUCUGUUCCAUGUAAAUGAGAUAGGUGGAGGGAAGCAAAUAAGGAUUGCCAUCCAUGUGGAACUAUGGUGGUUAUUAUUAUAUGUAGGUGGUAGCUAGGGUAAAUGGUGGAUGGUGAUUGUUUUGCUUCCUUUUCACCUUUAGCCACGUAGGUAGUAUCCUGUCAAUCUUUCUUUAUCCUUUGUCCAUGUGGAAAUAAUAGGUUGUGAAUGACGAUUGGUGGAUGGAGUAGAAGAAGUGGGAAGCAAUUUAUUGGACCCAUCAGUUUCCAUAUACUGGUAUAACAAGCAACAUCUACAAGUUCUCCACAACUCUAGGAAGAGCAACACACGAGCUGAUUAGGGUGGAAGAUUUUGCAAAGGCAUGGUUCAGGAUGGAAGAUUUUGCAGGAGCAGAAGAGGAAGAAGAUAAGGGAGCUACUGUUGUUUCCUUAUCUGAUAUUGUGUGCGUGAUGCAGCCUGAUGCCCCUGCUGGGUCAUUUAUCCUUGGAGCAAAGUUGAAAUGUUUGACAUCUGAGAGGGUGGAGCUGAUUUCUGUUGGGAUCACUGGAACCUGCAAAGAAAAUAUGUUAAUGUUGUACAUAGUGCACCAAAAUGAUGGAACAAUACAGAUUCAAGACCUACCACUGAAGAAGGCUGGCCAACUCCCAACACAACUUGAUCUUGUUCAAGAUAUCGAUAAGUUGAAGGUCCCAAGGAAUGUGGUGCUCUAAAAAAAUCAAACUAAAUAAAUUUGCUACCAUCAUCCUACAUCUUGAAGCCGAAUUCCUGUUGGUCCGGUCUUACAUUUGUCCUAGUUAACUAACCAAGUUCGACUCCCAAAAUUGUCCGCAAAUCUUUAUCAUCAACACCCUCUUUUGAAAUUUGUUGUUGCCUUCUCAAGUCGACAGCCGAUAAAGAGAAAUAAGAAUG